AAAGAAGAUGGGCAACACGACGAGCUCUGGCAGCAGUAGAGUGAGGUUGGACGUCGACAGUCCAUCCAACCUUCCCCCUCCCCCGCCCCAUCUGCCGCACGGCAAGCUGUUCGGGCUCAUCCAGACGGCCAACGACACGCGACACCUCACAUCCCUGCCCACAGACACCCUCACCAUCGACGUCCCCGCAGAUCUGCCCGUUUUCACCGUCUCCUUCUACGUAACUUCACACAUGCACACACACUGCGCCAUGGGAUCGUGUGUGCGUGCGUGUUGUGCAGUAUGCGGAUAGCCUUGUUGAGCUCCGUGAUGGCGUGGCGACCAUCGCGGCUGAGGUGUACAUCCACGUGCCCUCUGCAUCGCAAUAUCUGAGGGCCAAAGCCGGCACGGAUGUCAGGCAGCCUCUCCCGAGCGGCGAGACGUUCAGUCUGGCUCUGCGGACGAGCGGCUUCCUGCCGGGGCUGAACGCCCAGCCCGCUUCUCUGUCGACCUAUGAUGGGGCAUUCAGGAGCGCCCUCAUGCCUGCCCCCACCCAGCCUUCAGGUCGACAAAUGAACAAAGGAGGUGUGUGACGCAUCCUUGUCUGGAAUACGUUUCGGCUGCCAUCCAUAUGUGUGCAGUGCGCCUGACGCUGCACAGCCCCUCGCCUGUUGAGGGCCGAACCAGCCACGUCGACGAUAAACAUGACCUCUACUACCCCUCGGCCGCCCCAUCGCAGCCCUCGGCGUCCACCUCCAUCUUCAGCGGCCUCUUCUUCCCCCCCAAGACGACACAAGAGUCGGACCUCCCGGCACACGCGGGCUCCCGGGCGGCAGCGGGCCCAGACCAGGACAUCUAUCGUACAGAGGGGCGAGUUCACCAGACUCAGCAAGGGUGGACACGAGAAGAGCCGCCUGCGGCACCACAAUCGGCGGCAUCUCCAGGGAGUGGCAUUGGUACGUAUUUCGGCUGGGGUAGGGGCGGUGACGAGGCGGCGCGUGUGAAGGAGCUAGAAGCGCAGCUGAGGGCUGCAAGCGAAGGGCAGCAGCGUGCUCAGGAGCACGUAGAUCGGCUAAACGCGGCGAUGAGGAAGCUGGCGGAGGAACACAGGGACAGCCACAAGACCAUCCAGGUAGCUGCACGGACACGCGCUGCCUACAGAUGCACGCAACGUUGUCUGUCUUACUUUCGCUGUGUUCCAUGUAUGAAUGAAUGUCAGGAGCUGACUCACACGGCCAGCACCGCAAGAAUAUCAUAUAAGACCAUUCGGGAGGAAAAGAUGUGCCUGCAGGUCUGGUCUGCACUAGGGCAGACACGUACCGUACACCUUGCCUGCUAAUCUUUUCCUCUCUCUGUCUCUGCCGCAGGCCGAGUUGGAGCAGGAGCGACGGUCAGUCGUCCGUCCAGCCACUAGAUAGACCCAUGCAUUGCAACGCCCCACAUCUAGUGUGCCUGGCCUGCGUGUAUGUACAGACGCACCCGCACUGCCCGUGCGCAUCAGCUGGAUGACGGGACGGCAGGCGCUGAUAUGGGUGAGCUGGCCAAGACGAGAGCGAGGCUCUCUGAGGCCAUCCUGGCUUACGACAAACUCAUGCGGGAAUGCAACCAGAGACACGAGGAGCUUAGGUGAGGAAGGGGGCACACACAGAGACACUUACUUACACUUCAGCUGCUGUCGUGAAGUCUGCCUAAUUGUGUGCAAUGGAUCCAUCAUGCAGUGGCGCGUUGGCAGGCAAGGAGCAUGAGCUGCGUGUGCUGGAGGAGAGGCUGGCGGGCGACGUGGCUGACGCCGCACUGACGUGGAGCGUUGAGAAGAACACACUGCAGGCAAGGCAGACACACUUCAUUACACCGUUGGUUCAUGUAACCAUUCCAUGGUCGCCAGAUGGAGUGGACCGAGAGGGAGCGGCAUCUCGAGUCUAGGAUACAGCAGCAUGCUGACGAGAUACGUGAGCUCACGCAGCAGAAAGCCGCCAGCCAAGACGUGUCAGUGAGGGUGGAGAGAUACCUGUCAUGCCGCAGAUAUACCUUAAAGCUGAUGUCUGUCUGCGUUUCAGUGUGUCUGCCCUUGAGAAGGAGAUCGCAGCGCUCAAGGUGGGCUGUUCGAUGGAAAGCACCCACUCAUUUCCUUGUAUGCUCCGUCUCUCUCUCUCUGUGGCAGGCUAGUGGCGUCUCAGCACGAUCAUCUUCCGGUGAGGAGGGGGACGCCGUAGCGCACCUGAAGGCCAAAGUCGAGAGGGUGGAGAAGGAAAAGAGAGACUUGAACCAACAGGUACAUACAUAUCUCAUCUACAUGUAUGGGUAUAACGCAUGUAUGUAUGUGUGUAGACACCUGUGUAUCUGUAUGUAUGUGUGGGUGUAUGUAUUUGUGGUCUUCAGUUGGCAGAGUAUCGUGAUAGUGUUCGUGUGUCGGAGGGAGAGGUAAGUCAGGUUGGCAAUUCGGCAACCCUCCCUGGCUUUUCAUUUGGUCGCUGUGUGUGUCAGCAACCCUCAACUGCGGAGAAGGACCGUCGUUGCGAGUUGCUGGAGGGACUGCUGGAGCGGAUCGGUACCUACACCGACCCAGCCAUUCGCCAACAGGCAAGUCGACUUCUUCACACACACGAAUGGAUGGAUGGAUGGAUGGAUGGGCGUGUGUGUCCGACAUGUUUGUUUGCACUGCACGAGCAGAUAGCCUUGUAUCGGCGUGACCCUGAGGGCCUCAAGAGCUGGCUCGACGCAUAUACAGAUCCGCCACAGCCGACUGGGGUAGGUCCCUCGCCUACACACACAAAUACAGACAGACAGACGUGCGCAAACUCCCGUCUUCUCUUCCUGGUCUGUCUAUCCCCUGCAGUCACUGGAGCAGGCCAGCGGGGACCCCUCAUAGCGCGCAAUGCAUGUCGGCAUUCAUUCGUAUUUUUCAUGUGAAACAAAGCAUAUCUCUGGCGCGGGCUGGUGAAUCUCUCUGUUCCAUUCAUUGAUGCAGUAUGUGUGCGGUGCGUCUGGACUGGACCCGUCUGUCUGGCUGGCUGGCUGGCUGGCUGGCCAUGCGAUGAAAGAUGACACCCGUCCCGUGCAGUGCACACAUUUGGUUCUGUACUCUGUCCGUCCCGUCAAG